AUGUCGGUUGAAACAAGCGUAUCAGCUCCACCACCACCAAUUUCGCGAUAUGGAAAUAUUAAUUCCAUCAAACCUAUCCCUAUUCAGAAAAGUGGCACAUUAACAAUCAAAGAGUUGAGACCGUGGAUCCGUGGUUUUGAUAUAACAUGUAUCAUACUUCAACAUUUGUCCCGUCGUAUUUUAAAGACUCAACAAGAAGUGGAACUUCAUAGUUUCCUUGUUGCAGACGAAACAGCAGUUUGCACUUUGGUUAUAUGGGAAAAUGGGCAGCAUUAUCGAGGCGGUGAUAUUGUACAGAUAACUCAUGGUGAAACGAGGGUACAUGAAGGAUCAUUAGAAUUAACGGUUCCAAUUAAUACCGAAAAAAAGUUUAUCGAUUUAGAAACUUUCAAAGCAUAUGAUCGUUCACUACAACCAUACAUAAUAGAUUCAACGAUACCUAAUGGAUCCUCAUCAAGCAUAGUAAAACAAGAAUCACCGGUGGUUUCGAUCAAACAAGAGGAGUCUACAAAGACGAUUAAAAAUGAAGAGGAUGGAACACAUGGGGGCAUUCAACAUUUACCAAGAGAACGUGGAACAUCAACUCAUCAAUCAAGAUAUAAUGGUAAUGGCAAUGGUAAUGGUGGAGGACAGGAAGCAUUUGGGUCUCAGUUUGAUUCCAGAUCGCAGCAAAUGUCACAAUCCCCAAGAAAGCAGGCAUCGCAGCAACCGUCCCAGGUAUCGCCACAGCAUAAUGAUCGCCCGCGACCUCCAUCAAGGCGUAAUACGAAAUAUACAAGGCGUGAUAGUUGGCGUGAUCUGGAAAGAGGCGUCGAUGGAGGGGGGGGAAGCGGUCGUCAAGAUCGUGAUAAUCGCGAUAAUAGAUCUAGGAAUCAAGACAUUAAUAAGCGCGCGGGCGGUGGUGGAGGUGGUCGCAAUCAACCGCAUUUGGAUAGGCCAGUUGAAGAAGGAGAAUUGACUAAUAUUGAUUUUGUCACACUCGCUACAGGAUUAAAUCGAUCUGACAAUCAUGACCUGAAAGACAUGCGAGAUUGUGUGCCACAUAAAAAGCCAAGAAUUGAGUAG